AACAGACACACCUUUAAGAGGUCUCUGUAAAAGAGGUGUGACUCAGAAACAGACAAAAGGAGGAGGAGGAGAGGAACUCAACAGCAUCACAUGGUCGGGCAGAGCCACACUGCCGGCAGUGUUUUGACCGAACAGCAGGAGGAGAAACAGGAAGUACAGAGGAACACAGACUUGGCCAGCUCAUAAGCACACGGUACACAAAAGAUCAGUCUCUCACUUGAAGCUGCAGACUAUGGAGGGAAGUACGACACAAGAUGAAAUUCACCAGGAAGAGAAAGACAUAUCUGGAAGCAGUGAAGGAGGGCAAACAGAUCUGAAGGAAAGAGAGUUGAGACUGGUGCUGCUCGGCUCAGCGGGUGCUGGGAAAAGCAGUGCGGUCAAUGCCAUCCUGGGCGGCCCGACAUCUGAGUCCGACUGUGCAGGCACUGAGACACCAGCCACCGACUGUCAGAAGAGACGUGUGUCGCUGGCAGGACGACAGGUGGCUGUCAUUGACACACCUGACUGCCUGUGCAUCGAGCGUCCCGCUGAGGACGUCCGCCGCCAGUUUUCACUCUGCGCGGCUUUAUCGGCCCCGGGGCCCCACGCUUUUCUGCUCUGUGUCCCUGUCCACCGGCCCAGCAACCUUGAACUCCAAAUUUUGGAGACCAUUGAGAAGGUUUUUGGCCCUGAAUCUAUUAGCAAACACACAAUGGUGCUCUUCACUCGCAUGGAUCGACUGCCUGAGGAUGUUUCUCUGGACGAGUACCUCAAUACCGAACGCCCUGACUUGUUAGAGCUCGUGCAGAAGUGCAGGGACCGACAUCACCCACUGCGGCCGGGAUCCGACGUGGAGGAGCUGUUCAUAAAAGUGGAGAAGAUGGUAAAAGAAGCCGGGACACAAUUCUUCACCUGCCCUUUGUUGCAAGAGGCAGAGAGGAGAGUGAAAGAAAAGGAGGAGGAGAUCUUAAGAAGCAGAAAAGAGAAAGGAGAAGAUGAUUUGGAGGGAAUAAGGGCCGAGGCGGAGAAAAGUGUGGAUGAUUUGGUGGUUGAGGGAAUCGCGGAGCUCUGCGUCUCCACGCCUGACACCUCGAUCCUACGCUGGUUGUGGGACAGUGUGGUCGGGUGGCUCCUGUGGCUCCCGAAUAUGGUGAGGGGCAGUGCUUUACUAGGGUCGAUUGUGGGGUUGUUCGUCGGGGGGCCCUUAGGAGGGGCCAUGGGAGCAACGGUGGGCUCUGUUGCGACGGAGGUGGGUAGACGGAAACAAAAAACCAAGUGAGCACCUAAAAUUUGGUAACAGUUUAUUGUAAUUUUCAUUAUUAACAAAAAUCAGAUCAGUUGUUCUUGUACAUUCAAAUAUGAAUAUAUAGUCCGCUACAAACGUCAUUACAAAUGCAAAUUAAAUGGUUUUCUAUUGAACACACAGUUUUUUCCCAUUACAAAUAGUAUUAACUUAAUAAUUUGAGUUGAAUUGAACAAUUAACAUUAAUUUUAGAGUUGCAGGUUUUGAUUUGUUCCCUUUUUGCUUUAGUGACAGUAGGACUUAACAGUUUGUGUUAAGUUUGUGUAAAACUGAUGAUCAUGUUCAUGCUUGCUUCAUUUCUGGUCCAGAAAUAGUGCAGAAUACUAAAGUAUUUCUUAUUAAUUUUACCUUAUGUUUUUUUUAUUGUAUUUUAGGUUACUCAUUUUAGGUAAUGUAUUCUGACUACUUUUUUUAGAUUACUUCUUACCUAUCUUACCAUUAAAUGUACUAUAUUCAUAUAAAAAAGCAAAGAGAAAAAAAUAUAUUCCAAUUUUUGAUGUCAACAUCAUGAAGUACAUUAAACAUUACAUUAAACCAGGGUUUCCCAAACUGAUCUUAACGUAAGAACUGCAGUGGGUUUGUGACUUAAUAAUGAAUUAAAUCACAUAUUUAAACACUUAAACACUAAAAAUAGAAAUCAAUUGUUUUCCUGUUUACGCAUUUACCAUGUCGAUGUGACCAUUGCUCAACACCAGAGAACUGUAAAUAUAUACAAAUGUGGUAAAUUAUUGAAAUAUUACUUUCCUCAUUUAUUGUCCAUUGGCUUUAUCAGCAUCAUUGCAGGUACACUACCAUUCAAAAGUUUUUGAACAGUACGAUUUUCUCUUCUGCUCACCAAAUCUGCAUUUAUUUGAUCCAAAGUACAGGAAAAACAGUACAAUUUUGAAAUAUUUUUACUAUUUAAAAUAACUCUUUUCUAUUUGAAUAGAUUUUAAAAUGUAAUUUAUUCCUGUGAUUUCAAAGCUGAAUUUUUAGCAUCAAUACUCCAGUCACAUGAUCCUUCGGAAAUCAUUCUAAUAUUCUGAUUUGCUGCUCAGAAAACAUUUAUUAUGUUGAAAACAGCUAAAUAGAAUUGUUUCAGGUUAUUUGGAUGAAUAGAAAGCAUUUAUCUGAAAUACAAAUCUUUUGUAACAUUAUAAAUGUCUUUAUCAUCACUUUUGAUCAAUUUAAAGCAUCCUUGCUAAAGCAAAGUAUUAAUUUCUAUAAUCUAAAAUGUACACAACUAUAUUAAAUAUUGAUCAUUAUAAUAAUAAAUGUUUCUUGAACAGCAAAUCAGCAUAUCAGAAUGAUCAAGUGCCACUGAAGACUGGAGUAAUGAUGCUGAAAAUUUAGAUUUGAUCACAGGAAUAAAUUACAUUUUACGAUGUAUUCAAAUAAUAAACAGUUAUUUUAAAUAGUAAAAAUAUUUCAGAGUUUUACUGUUUUUGCUGUACUUUGGAUCAAAUAAAUGCAGACUUGAAAAACAUUAAAAAUAUUACUGUUCACAAACUUUUGACUUUUUACCAUUUUGGAUGUUUUGCCAUUAAGAAACACUGAAGUGUCAAUACUGUUAACCUCAAUUUCAAAUACAAAGAAUUGAAAAUGACAUUAUGAAAAUAUACAGUGUACUAAUUUCAUGUCAAACAUUCCAUAUACUCCAUAUAUAGCCAUUUACAUUCCAGAACUGAAUAGUGAUCUUCUGUCAUGUCAAAGUGGUUUGGCUGACAAAAAUGUUUGAGAAUCCCUGCAUUAUAUGAACAAACAUUAAUUCUUCCAGAAUCAGUAAAGUGUGAAUGAUUCACUGCAGUUAUGUGAAUAAUAUGUAAUCAGGUCAUCUAUAAAAAUCUCAUUUAUGAGCAUUUUUGGAAUCUGGUUAUGAAAUCCAGAUUACAUGUAAUCAGAUACUACCCAGCUCUGUAUAUAUAUAUACACACACACACACACACACACACACACACACACACACACACCAAGUUUAAUAUGUAUACGAAGUAAUUUGAAUGUUCAUUAACUAAUGAUCUGUUAAGCAUAAUUGAUGUUUUUUAAUGUUAUUCAUGAAAAAUAUUAUAAAGUGUUACCAAAAUUCAAGUGCUUAAAGAAUCUUUAUAGCUUAAAACCAAAAGCAAGUAUUACAAAGUCAAUUUCUAAUGGUGAGCAGAAGGGAAGUGUUAAGAUGUGUCUUUGAGAUACAUUUCUCAGGCUUACUGUGUGCACCGUUAGUUUUGCACUAAAGCUUUCUUGCCUUACACACUAAAUGUUAUAUGAUUGUGUUUUGAGUUAGCAUCUAUUCAAAUGCAUCAUAGAGCAAUAGAGUGAAGAUCACAGUCUUAACACUGUCACCAAAUAGCUUUAUUUCACAGAUGCACGAGUGAAAAUCACAGUGUCACUACUAAGCCUGAAGCGCUUUCUUUGAAGUAAGCAUUGAACAUUAAGCGCACUAUAAACUCAGGAUUUGUUUACAGGCCAUAAACGUCUCCGGUUCUACGUGCAUAACUGUUUUUAUUACAUCACUGUUGCAUUAAACAGCUGCUAUGGAACAAACGCAUGCUACAUGUUUUCAGACUGAUCGCAUGAGCAUAAAUUUAAUAACGCUCCUCAUGUAAGUAAUUUUCAUGUGCAGUUUUGCCACUUAAUUGGUUUGCAGUUCAAAUGUUUCUGCAGCUGUUCUGGAGAAUGAAAAUAAAGCGGAAUAAUGAAAACAAUCA